CGGUAGGCGUAUAAAGUCGUCUGUCUCGCGACGUAGCGACGCGAGCAGGGACCCGGGCGCGAGCCGCACCCCACCAAACAACGCACGAUUGAUGGCCGACGCGCAUGCCGGGCAGCCCCUUGGGGACGCCGCCGCGGGCCAAGCCAAUGCAGCAGCACCAACAGCACCAACAGCACCAACAGCUCAAGAUGUGGCGGCGCUGAAGGUGGGGCACCAAACAGCCGUUCUGGAAAGUCUCGAGAACCGCGUGGAAGCUCAGGACGCCCGGAGCCAGCGCGAUGAACUGCGACAUGACAACGCGGUCCUCCGGCGGCAAUUGGCGGACAAGCUCGUUGGCCAAAUUCAGUCGAGUCGUUUCGCCGCCGAUGUGUCUCAGAGCCAAGGCGCCGCCGAGCCGCCCGUCGCGGCCGCGCCGGUCAGCGGCGAGCCUCCUUUGAGCAGCUCGGGCCCCGCGCUACCACCGUUCUGCGAGGACUCAACAGACUCAGACCUCGGCAAUUUACUUAGUGGAGUCUUCCACAAAUAUGUGGCGAAGGACACCGAGCUUGUGCAAGCAGACCGCCACGAAAAGGCAUGUGCUAAGGUGCGGUACCAAGAUGCUGCCGAAUAUUUGAAACAGCAUGCCAUAGCUGUGGUGAAAUGCGGCACUACUGAUGCAGUCCUAAGGAUUUACCGUCUGCAAAAUCCCGAGGCUACAGCGAUUCCUCAGUGGCUUAGCCUGGAUAUGGAUGCAGGCACCUAUCAGGAGCACGUAUCUUUGUUUUGGAGGUUGGUGAAAUGUCUCGGCCCAAGGGUCCUGGGGAACGAGGUUGACCUCAACGAGUUAGCGUUAGCCGGGUUGAUGACGGUCUCCACGCGCAACCGGCCGAGUCAGGAGCACUGUCUAUCUGAAAAGACGCUCACAUCGAUUGUGAGAGCGAAGGGUGCACUCGAAGAAGCCGUCCUGACGACGGGGGACUCCGUGGAGGAUCUGAUAUCUCGCAAGGAAGGGUGUCCGAGGGAGACGGACGACGUCGGCGCCGGCGCGUCGCGGUCUCGAAAGAAGCCGCGCUCUACCAAUCCGCCGACCUCUUGCCUUCCAGCCGCCGCGUCGACGGCGGCGACCGGUCGAGACACGGGCAAAUUCGACGCGCUUCGACGUGAGCUCGCGGACGAAAAGAGGGCCCUCGCUCUCAGUAAAUCGGAACUCGCUAAGCUCAAAGGCGUGAACACGGCGACCGACGAUGCGCUCGCCGGUUGAGUUGGCUGGGAGUUGCUGGGUGUAAGAGAGUGUG